AUGUUUUUUGCCCUAUUGCUGCUUUUGCUUCGAGCGUGUGCCACCCUUCCGACAAAUAUAACCUGCGAUAGAAGAGCUAGUAGAGUUGCCAGAAGAAUUAUAGACGAAAACAUUUUCCCUCUCUUUGAAUAUCUCGGUGUGCCCGUCGAUUCGAAAUGUCCUUUAAAUCCCACGAAGGAUAUUUUUCGGCGGCAAGAAUUGAUGAAGGCACGUAUUUCUGAGCGGGAUUGGGAAUGCCUUUAUUGUAAGAAAAGAUUCUCUACCGAAUAUUAUCUGGACAAGCAUAUGGAUGCCCGUCAUUCCACCGAGCUUUACAUGGUAGUUUUUUAA